CCUAAGGCAAACAUAUAAUGUGUCGUCACCUUAGACUGUAUUAGCUUUAUUUCAAUCUUUAAUCCCUUUACCUUUCAAAGAUCCUGCAGUAGCUAGUUGGCUACUGUUAAGGAUAUAAGAGUAAAUGAGUCAAGGGUAGUUUAGUCUUUUUCUAUUCUAGGGUUUGGGGUGUCCUAUAUACUCUAUAUAUUGCCCAAAGGCCUCUCUCUCAAUAUACCGACAGUUUCACUCAUCUUCUUCCUCUUCUAUAUCGUAACAUGGGAUCAGAGCUUUAGGUUUCGAUCCGGUUCGCCACCCUCAUUCAUCUCCGCUGCACCGUCCCCGGGAGGAUCGAUCUUCCCUCCCGGGGAUGGGAUCUCCAGUAGCCCCAAACCCGUAGAUCGAGUCGCAGCAGUACCUAUUUUUCCCCCCUUCCGGCGCCCCCGUCCUGGCCGUCGCGGUCCUCCUCCGUCCGCCGGUCGCCGUCGUGGUUUCUUCCACCCCGCAUCGUCUCCGCCAUCGCGGCCUGUCGCGGCCUCCUCUGCCGCUGCUCGUCGGCCGUCGCGGCCCUCCGCUCCGCCCGUCGUGGAUCCGGCUGCUGGAGUCGAGAGGGGGAGCUGCCCGUCGCAGCUCGUCUUCCUCUCCGUUCGCCGCCCGCCGUCGUCCUUCACCGUGCCGCCCUGUCGCGGCUCAUCCCCGCCGCCCGUUGCGGCUCGUCCUCGCGCCGUCCGCGCGAGCACCGCGCGUCUGCCUGUCCGGCAGCCGCACGUCCUUUGAUUCGCCCACCCGUCGCUCUCCCGCUGCCGUCACGCCGGGGUGUCCGGUCACAGUCGCGGCCACCUCUGGAGCAGGGGCGGGGAAGCUGGGGAAGAGGAGGAGGCUGCUCAGCUCCAGAUGGCGCGGCCUGUCGCUGCCGCCGUCGAUUCGUCGCCGCCCUUCCGUCCAUCCUCGCAGCGGCUCGUCAUCCCAUCCUCCUGUUGUUCUGUUCUGCCUGGAGCUGCUUGGGCAUCCGUCCACCCACUGCUUGGUGCGUAUCUUGCCAGCUCGAGUGCUCCCCUCACUCUCCCUCAUGGAUCCAUGGUUCCCGUGGGGAGGAACAGGGGAGCUGGUUUUUGCAGUUUGGAGCCUUGGACUGCUGGUCACCGUGGCUAUGUCUCCUCUGCCUUCCCGAUGGCAAGCUGACUGGCUUGGCUGCUUCUAGGCCAAAUACUUCGCUUCAUUUGGGCCUGCAUUAUGCCUUUGUGUUGGGCUGCAUCUUGAGCUCCUCAUUCCAUCUUUUGCUUGUGCUCCUGCUUGCUGCUUGCUGCUGCAUAUCCAUAGUAUAUUGUCAUUUAUUUCCACUGUUCGUUUAUCCAAGUCCAUCCAUAUGUUCAGUUUGCCAUGUUGUGCCAGUAUAUGAUCUAAACCAUUGUCUAUCCAAGUCCAAUUGCAACUCCAAUUCGUCAAAGUCGUGCGUGUUCACAAAAUUCAUAUUGUCAGAUCAGCCAAUUUCUUUCUUUUAUUUUUUGGUUAGCUGAGUCCCGUCGAUUUAGCUAAUCACAUCAUCAUCUUUGGUGCGACAAUGCCCUCUUGGUCCCUUUCGGAGCCUUCUUGCUCCACGUCAUGAUUAAUGGCCGUCUAUUUGUCGUCAUCACCUUCCUGUCUCACCACUUGCCGUCUUGCAGUGGUGCUUUCUAUCUUUGGUUGGUUUGGCACAUCUCAUUGUUCUUAUCGUGUUCAAUUCUCUAAAGCAAGGCUCGUGUUUGAGGAGUCGACAUACUGGUUUGUGAAGACUCGAGGUAUUUGCUCAAGUACUGGUUUGUGAAGGCAAUACCCUCUUGUGGAGGAGCUCAUCUACAUGACAUGUUCAAGAGUUGCACACUUCGACGAUAUCAAGAUUUUAGACUUGGAUGUAUCUUUUUCUUGUUUCUUUUGAGUCUAGUGCUUAGUGUUAACUCUCCAAAUGCAACGUCAUUGCAUUCACGUUGCAUUUGAGAGGGGGUGUUAAGGAUAUAAGAGUAAAUGAGUCAAGGGUAGUUUAGUCUUUUCCUAUUCUAGGGUUUGGGGUGUCCUAUGUACUCUAUAUAUUGCCCAAAGGGCAUCUCUCUCAAUAUACUAACAGUUUCACUCAUCUUCUUCCUCUUCUAUAUCGUAACAGCUACAAGCAAAGAAUCAUCUGAUGAUGGCUGCAUACAGACACAAAAGAAAAGUUCACCGGGAACAUUUGCCUAGCAAAGUGUAUCUGACCAAGAGCCAUUUUGCUUCCAUCCAUACUCUCUCUGAUCCCUCACACACGCAGGGCAGACACAAUCGUCGGUUUUGAUCUGAUCUGUUUAGCUUCUCUACGUCUAUCUCCUGCUAGUACAUGAAAAUGCUACUUAACUGAGAUCGAUCAACCCAAGGGACUAAGUGAUGUGUUAAAUUCCAAUGACCGGAAUGGAGCAGCCGCAUCGGUGUAUAUGCUGGAGGCUGGCAGCUGCAGGGUUUUGCAAAGUGAAGUGAUCGAUGGCCCUGCAUUGUUACUGCUGAAGAUCUAGUAGCUACUACACUGCAAGGUUACCUUAGUUCAAUAAUCCAACAUGCAUAUUGAGGUUAUUUAUGCCGACACGAUCGACGAGGUUGCAGGGUAUUGCAAAAUGAAGUGAUGUCCCUGCAGUGUUGUUGCAGACGGUCUAGUAGCUACAUGGCAAGGUUACUCCAGUUCAAUAAUCCAACAUGCGCACUGAGGUUAUUAAGGCCGACACGAUCGACGAGGCUGCCGAGGAAAUUCUCAAGGUGCUCAAGGAAGAUAGCAGUGCUAGUAGAAGCGUCAGUAGCAGCAGCAGAGACCACGUCAUCUACUUCGAUGGCUGGGACGGGCUGGGGGCUUCCGCCGUCCUCCGCUCUGUAGCCUGGCGCGUCUCACCACCAGCUGGCCGGCAGGGAGCCCCAGCAGCCGGUCUGAAGUUCGAGCAGGUCGUCCACAUCGACUGCUCGGUGUGGGGGAGCAGGAGAGCACUUCAGCGGGCGGUCGCCGAGCAGCUGAAGCUCCCCGAUCAAGUGAUGGAGCUGCUGGACAGGCAGGACGAGGAGGACGACUUCAAGGGGGUGCCCCAGGGCUCGCGCGCUGAGGUGCAACCAGUCGUUGAGGAGAUGUACCGGCACAUUCAGAAGCUCAACUGCAGAUUCCUGGUGAUUUUUCACAACGGCAGCGGCGAGGAGAUCGACCUGGCCAGUUUGUGUGGCUUCCCGCUGUUCGGGUUCUCCACCAACAAGGUCCUCUGGACAUUCCAAGGGCGGUUCCGGCUCCAGCCGCGGGCCAAAGUUGACAUGGCCAUCAAGAGCGCCGGAGCAACCAAUGCUUUCCUCUCCGCCGCCUCAUGCCGCGAGGAGCAAGACACACUGGAGCUCUGGCCCUACCUCGUAAACCAGGAGGCUUUGGAAAUGGUUGGAGCCUGCAAGACUAACACUGGCACUCGCAGCCGCAGCAUCGCGGAUCUGCACCCUGCACAGGUUGUGAAGUGCUUCCUGUACAUCAUGGAGCUGUGCUGCAGAGGCAGCCACUCGAUUGACUACCAUCUAGCCACCCACAGCGCCAACUACUGGGUGUGCGAGGGCAUCCUGCAGCAGCUCCAACAAGGAGAGAGGGACAACGACGACGGCGCCGAUGAUGGGUUCUGGAGAGCUGUUGAUGCUCUGCAGGGUGAGAUGAGACUGGAUGCGGACUACCAUCAAUUCUCGCCCUCCACUCACCAAGCAAAGUUUGUCCAGAGCAGGCCAUAUUGGAGCUCACCAACUCUUGGGUUCACUAGGGUCCCUGCCGGAGUAAUCCCCAAUGGAGACAUGUUCCAGCACUACUCGGACAAGCUUGCUGUUCUCAAGAUCUCGCGCUGCACCUUCGCCUUCCAAUCACCUCCAUUCUGCCACUGCCACAGCGUCAGGUUCCUAUGGCUUGACCAUUGCCAAGACACCAGGAUCAGCACAGGCGGGAUAGAGGAUAAGGAGGCCGUCCACCAGUUCUUCCAGAGGCUGUGCGUGCUGGACGUGCGCUACACGCACUGUGAUCAGAUCUUGUCUGCACAGAUGAUGGACCUCAUGGAUCAGCUGAGGGAGCUAAACGUGAUGGGAUGCAAGGCCAAGGAAUGGGACAUGGGCCAGCUGCAGGGACGGUUGCCUAACAUCCGAAAGCUCCGGAUAACAAAAUCUAAAGUCCAGUGCAGUUGCCCGGAAGAAGACUUGUUCUCGGAGAUGAAUAAGAUGGAACUCCUUGAUUUUUCAGGAAACAAUACCAAUCACCUUUCUCCCGUGAAGGACAUUUCUGGACUGAUAACCACCAGCAACAGCUGCCUGGAGACUGUCAUUGUUGAUGGAUAUGGCAGACACUUGCGAUCGAUGUCCUUCAGGGGAUGCACUAAACUGAAGAAUCUGUUUUUAGGACGAAUGAUUUGUGUUGACACCCUAGACAUCUCGGGCACGGCAGUGAAAACACUAGACCUCAGUGCAAUUACAGUCUGGCAAAUUCAUGAGCUUCGUCUGCUUGACUGUGACAAGCUCUGUGCCAUCUUGUGGCCACAGAUCCUUAGAACUCGACUUGAAGAUGUUAAUUACAACUUUAAGGUGCUCAUCGACACCACGCAGUCAGCGUCAUCAAGUGCCAGUUAUAGUACUGUCACCGCUACACAAACAACAGCAUCAGCAGCGCCACAUGAGCGUGGCAAUCGACAACCGAUCAGUGACUUUGGUUGGUACAUUUCUGUAAGGGAUUCAAGGCUUAUUUUUUCACUUGAGUCAAUCUAUGACCUUGUUUAUCGUGAGGGAUAUGUGGAGGUUUCCUCCCUAGCUCGUCUUGCUGUUACUGCUGGCUAUAGCAAAGAUGAAGCAAUCAAGAGCGGCAGCAGCAACGAGCAGCGUGCGCCUGCAGUAUAUGCAGACACCACUUUGCUCCACCUGCAACAGGCUAUCGAAGGCGAAGGCCAAGGUGAUCCUCUGGAUCCUCGCAGACUUGUAGGAAGGUUGCUACAUGCACAUACAAGACCGGAUUUGGACAAAAGCACCGGCAGGUGGUGGAGAAAGUAGUACGAUUACUGUACCAGACUAUGUGAUUCGUUCUGCUAAGAUCCUUCAUGUGCACGAUUGCUUGUCCAUCGCAACUAUCCCUUCAGGUACGAUGCAAUCGAACGCCGAAUGGUCUGGUCUAAAAUGGUGCAGAAUCGAGAGGUGCCCCAAACUGGAAAUUGUUUUCACUAACCCCAAGCUAUCAAGAAUUGUCGGCGAAUACUACAAGUUGGUAAAACUAUGGGCGUCAAAGCUCUUGAAAGCACUCUACAUCUGCAAAUGGAAUGGAAUAACAUCCAGACGGGGAUUUACAAACCUGAGGUACUUGCACCUGGACCAUUGCCCCAGGCUCAUACAUGCCCUCCCAAUGUUCAAGCCGCCAGAUGAAGACAUCUUCGACGACGAAUGCUUCGUACCUUUUUGUGACCUGGAGACCAUUGAGAUCAUGUGGUGCGGCAAUCUCAAAGAGGUGUUCCCGUGGAACACCGACCAGCCUAACCAUUUUAGGGUACUGUUCCUUAGCCUCGAGCGUAUCCACCUGCACGAGCUCCCUUCGCUGCAGAGCAUCUGCGGGGGGCGGAUGUCCGCGCCCAACCUCAAGACGGUCAAGAUCAGAUGCUGCUGGAGCCUCAGGCGCCUUCCGGACGUCAGCGGCAGCAGCAAGGCAGUGGAGUGCGACUGCGAGAAGGAGUGGUGGGACAGGCUGGUGUGGGACGGUGACUCGCGGGCGAGCCACUACAAGCCGACCCACCCGAGGUACUACAAGAAGACCAUGCUCAGGGGCUCCGUGCUCAGGUGAGCGGUAAUCCCGGCCGGCCAGGCAGCCCUUCGUCGGAUCUCCUGCUUGAUUCCAUCUCCUGCUGCUGAUUCUGCUUCGAAGUCUGCUUGAUUGUUCGUUCCGUGUGAGAGCCUGUGAGAACGACGACAUGGAUGCCUGCUUUUGCUUGCGCUCGUGUGGUCUGCGUCUGCAUCGGUUUGCUUUGGUUCCUAGCUGGAUGGAUAGAGCCGUCUGUCCAUCGCCGAACCUCAGAUUGCAAGUGUGUGUUACCAUGCCAUCUUGCUGGAGAAGAUGGUGUGAUCCGGACAGACCUGCAUCCUCUGUCUGGAGCUGUGGAGAAAUAAAAGCAGGAGCCAGCCUUCAGUUCUUGCAACAGCAGAGCAUGAGACGUGACCUCAUGCUUUGCUUGCUGCUGCCAAUUGCUGUGCUCCUGUCUGGUGUGCUUGUGGUGUGUGCUGUACUGCUGUGGCGUGUGAGCUUUCAGCUGUGUGUGGACUAUAUACUCUUUAUGAUUUUAUGAACAAAUAAAUGAAUGGCCAUUGUUGUGUGUG